UGACGUAAUGCGACGUGAUGACGUAGACUCGGGCUCAGGGCGACGAUGGCGGUUGACGCUCCUAUGGCGAACGCGAUGCGGCUCCGGAACCAACUCCAGACUGUGUACAAACUGGACCCGCUGCGCAACGAGGAAGAAGUAAAAGUGAAGAUUAAAGACCUGAAUGAACAUAUCGUCUGUUAUCUGUGUGCUGGCUACUUCAUAGAUGCAACCACUAUCACAGAGUGUUUACAUACAUUCUGUAAGAGUUGUAUUGUGAAGUACCUACAGACCAGCAAAUACUGCCCAAUGUGCAACAUAAAAAUCCACGAGACGCAGCCUCUGCUUAACCUUAAGCUUGACCGGGUGAUGCAGGAUAUUGUCUACAAACUUGUACCAGGUCUACAGGAGAGUGAAGAGAAACGAAUUCGAGAAUUCUAUCAGUCUCGAGGGUUGGACAGGAUCAUCCAACCAGUUAAUGAAACUGUGUCACCGGACCUGACCAGUUCUCCCUACACAACUUUUGAUCACUCCAAAGCCCACUACUACAGAUACGAUGAGCAGGUUUCACUAUGUUUGGAGAGACAUGGUUCCUCCCUGGGUAAAGAGAAAGGGAAACUUGUGUUACAGCAAAAGUACGUCCGAUGUUCAGUCCGAGCAGAGAUCAGGCACCUGAGGAGAGUUCUAUGCCACAGAAUUAAUGUGCUUGAUCAGCAACAGGUGCAAAUACUGUUUGACAAUGAGCCUUUGCCAGAACACAUGACCAUGAAACAGCUCUGGCUCUUGAGAUGGUAUGGGAAGCCAACACCAAUGGUCCUUCACUAUAGUGUGAAAGAGAAGCGAGGAAGGUGAAAGCAGAGGCAGACAAACAACUCUUCCAGUGCGUCAAAAUGUGCUGUCAGUGUUUUUAGAAAGCAACCUGGUGUGCUGAGCAAGCCUGGACUUUGGAAAACAUUAAUUUUUACCUACAAUCAUAUGGUCUAUGCAGCUCUACCUACCAAAUAGACUGUGUCCAACCAGCUUAGAUCUGCUUGUAAAUUUAAGGCAACCCCCUCUGUAGCCUGGUGGUAAUUUGUGAAAGGGCCAAGUACUCUGCCACUGUUGCCAUCUAUUCACCCUCACUGGUCUUUCAGUUGUCUCCAGUCGGGUCAAACAGUGACUGUGGGCUGGCCUCAAGGAGGAUAUUCAAGACAAAUGUGUUUCCUGCACACUCUCUUCUUCUGACAGACACACUUCACGUAAACCUCAUGCUUCUAUUCAUCCUUACAGCAGCAGCGUCCAAGCUGAUGGUAAUCCUGCAAAUGCAUGAUAGAACCUCAUCUUCGGCUGUUUGUGAGUCAGUUCAGAACCAAGAACGGCAGCCAGAAGUAACUAUUCAACCUGUACAAUUGGCUGUUUGUAUGCUUAUUUAUUUCCUUUUUUUUUUGAUGGGGUAUGUAGUGUAUUAAAAAAAGCUUUUUUCAGUGAAAUUUGCACUAACAGAAUGGCUUUUUUAGAUAAUGUGUUAUGAAAUGAUAAAUGUGUUCAUGUGUCCCAAUAAAGUAUUGGGUUCUACAGCAUUCUGUUUAAGGGGGGAGAAUUUUACACAUUUUUAAAACCCCUUUAAUUGAUAUCAGUGGAAAUUGAGAUCUAUUUGUUUUCCACACUGCAGUUAAUUUUGGUAGUGUUGUAUCGUCCAUAAUUGCUCAAAUUUACAAAAUAUUCCUCUUUUUAACAAAAGGUAUUGGAGAAUGUGUGCUUUUGCAACUUCUGUAAAGGUUUGUUCUGUAUUGUUGUAAACCUUUGGAUUCUUUCAAGUAUUCAGUGCCUCCGUGUAAAUUGCAAAAGUGAAAAUGAUAUCAAGCUUGAAAUCUAA